AUGUCGGCGAGGGCGAUGCGGCCAACACGCCGUGACCUCUUACUGGUGAUCGUCACCUUUGGUAUCGCGUACCUCUUCUUCACCGCCCCCGACCAUGUCGCUGGAUCCGGCUCCCCGGCGUCAUCAUCGUCGUCGUCGUCGUCGUCGUCGCGGCCCUCACGUCUCAAGGCAUGGCAGAACGUGCUGUCGGGCGAGAGCAGUGACGACGAGCAGUGUGCCGUGCAGCCACUGAACGAGCGCUCCUUUGAGGACACGCACGUCAAGGUCGGUUUCGUCCGCCAGGAGAGCCACGGCGCCGAGGGCAAGGACACCGAGGAGGACGAGUCCGACUCGCUCGAGUCGGACGAGUUUACCGACAGGGCCACCAAGAUGCUUGGCCACACGGAUGGAUGGACCAUGUUUGAAAACCUCUACAUUUACAACAGCACGUUCUACGUUGUCACCGAGCAGCGCUCAGACUGGCCCGAGCUCCGCCUGAUGACCUCGACCGGUCUGCCUGCCGAAAACGUCCCGGGAAACAUGGAGGCUCGCGAGCCCAAGGGCGACGAGAUCAUAUUCAUCACCCCCCAGGAAGCCUACGAAAAGUGGGGCAACAACGUCUACGAGAUGAGCGGCAUGACCUGGCUCUUCAACGACGGACAGUUCAUCGACCACUACUACCACUUUGCUGCCGAGCUCUUGCUGAGUACUUGGCGCGUGCACUCGGUUCUGGACAAGAACAUUGAUGCGCACGGCCGCACCAAGAUUCCUCCUCCUGCCCGCAUGUGGUUCCUCCACCAGAACGCGCAGCAGUGGCGUGACAGGCCUGGCUUUAACAAGUUUAUCACCAACGCCCUCUUCCCCGACACUGCCAUCCUCUACCCAGAGGAUAUGGACGACAUGCGCGGUUCGACGUCGGGCGCUCAUGUCAAGAAGGCCUAUGUCCUCCCCAAGGCUAUCCUGGGCGACCGCUCCGCUGCCUUCCGCGGCCCGCACACCGGCCCUACCCAGCGCACGGCGGCCUCGGCGUGCCAGUUUGGCGUUGCUUCGCCCUUCUGGUGGGAGCCCCUCCGUCGCCAGAUGGCCCGCUACUCUGGCGUCGACGAGGACAUCAUCAACCGCAGCCUCGAGGGCUGGGGCGCCAUCGACCCCGUCAAGGUCGAGGCCGACGUCUUGAAGGGCAAGCCCAAGCCCGAGACGCUCGCGCCCAUCGGCACGUACCGUCCCGUCGUGACCUACAUCUCGCGCCAAAAGGGCAGCCGUCGCCUCACCCCAGAGUCGCACGACGAGCUUGUCGCUGCCCUCGAGGAGCGUGCCAAGAAGCUCGACUUUGAGCUCAUCAUCGUCUCGGCCGAGACCUUGACCAAGGACGAGCAGAUCACCAUUGCGGCACGCACUACCAUUAUGCUCGGCGUGCACGGCAACGGUCUCACCCACCUGCUGUGGAUGCCUGCCACGCCCCGCUCGGCUGUCAUUGAGAUGUUCUUCAAGGGUGGUUUCGCUCACGACUACAUGUGGACCACUCACGCCCUCGGCAUGCGCCACUUUGCCGUCCAGCACGACCUGGUGCGCACGUCGCCCAACCAGCCCAAGGUCGACUACCCCGAUGGACCCAACGGCGGAUUCCAGGGCAACCACAUCACGGUUGUGGGCAAGGUCGUGGCGGACAUUAUCGAGGACCGUCUUGCCGGCAGGAUCUGA